GCAUACUCUAAAAAAACAUUCUUCCGAGAAAAUGGCGGUUGUUGUCUUUGGCAAUAGUUCCGUAAUAAUUUCUAAUUUCUCUGUAUUUGUUUAAAAUUUGCAAGAUUAAACUGAUGUAUAAAAUUGUUAUACACAUCUUAUGGGAGCCGUGUAUAAGGAAUGCAAUAUUCCGUGUUUUAAUCUGCAACAUGCAUGGAAUCUAAAUUAGUGCUAACAACGCGGUUUUUCAUUGCGUUUAUUUGGUCUAAUAUCGUUCUGUGUGUUUAUUUCAUGCGUUUAAAUCGGCAAUAAUUUGAUCAUGGUUGUGUUUACGACAAGUGCUUAAUAUACAGUAUUGAGUGUCAUGUUUGGGACGCUAUAGAAGUAUAAUGUGUCAGUGAUAAUUUGUUAGUUUGAUAACAAUGGGUGAAACUGAGGAGUUUAACACAUUAGCGUUUGAGAAACGUUUGAUGCAGCUGAAAGAUACUCAGGAGAGUAUCCAGGGCUUGUCAUCAUGGUGCCUUAAACAACGGCCGCAUCAUAAAAAGAUAGUAUCAAGUUGGUUGAAUGUUUUGAAAAGGGUGAAGGUGGAGCAGAGACUGGUUCUGUUCUACUUGGCGAAUGAUGUGAUCCAGUACAGCAAGAGGAAGAACUAUGAGUUUGUGGAGAGCUGGGGGCUCAAUUUGCAAAAAGCUACUCCAUUGGUCAGAGAUGAAAAAGUCAGGCCAAAAAUACUCCGAAUCUUCAAGAUUUGGGAACAGAGAUCAGUAUACGAUGAUGAGUUCCUAUCGGAUCUAACCGGCUUGCUUAGUGCUGGUGCCAUUAAGAAAACCGAUGAUGAUUCCGAGUUCCAAGAUUAUUUUCAGCCGACGCAAUUAGUUAACAAGAUAAAGCAAUGUUCCGUAUUGGAGGCGGACACAGAUAUGAGGCUCAAAGACAUUCAUGAUAGUCAUUUAGAACUAUCUGAUGCUGAUUUAUUGAGAGCCAGUCUCAAGGGUUUGUAUGAAGAAAGAGGCAAUAAAGAUGAUGUAGAAAAAGAACUGAAUGAUGGCAUUGCUUGCGUGGAACGGUACACAGCUGCGUUACAGAGAGAGAUAGUAGCCAGAGAGGCCUUGUUAGCAUUGCUUACGUCUGCCACACAGUACUAUUCUACGCAGAGGGGUGAAGUCAAAGUGGUUGCUUAUGCCUACAAAAACUUCGGGGCCCGCGUCCGAGCUCUAAAGCGCAAGCUAGACGAGCUAACGCCGUCGCUGCCCAACGCCGCGCCGUCGCCGCCUCAGCGGGACGAGGACGUGCCCUCGCCGGGACCUGAUGAGGAUCUGGAGCUGCCCGUGCCUACUGAUGGAGGGGAUGAAGAUGAGAUUGCAUACAACAUCGACCAGACGUUCAACUCGUCGAUAGCUGCCGAUGGGUCUCUCUACAAUUUGGGGCUGACUUCAUUCCUAACGUCCGACAACCCCAUGGCUUUGUUCAACGAGUCCACUGAAAAUGUUAAUAAUGCCAACAAAAUCGAAGUGAUUAAUAAUAGGCCGAACGAUAAGCAAGAUUUUAACAUAAAUGAUGUUAUUAAAAACCUUAUGUCCGACAACAAUACCAACGCUUCGGACAAUAAUUCAGUAGCAAGCGCUCCGAUGUCCCAAAAGUCACAAGACGCGUUGCCCGGGUUGCCCGGGCUAGAUUUACUUACCCCGGAUACACCAAGCAACCCGCCGCCACCAACCUCCUUCUAUGGUACCAUGGACCUAACGGAUGAGCCGGAGCCUUAUCACCCAGAACCUACGAGUCCAUGGAGCAGUAAUUGGAGUAUGCCUCGUGGCGUGCCCCCGCUCGUCGCGGGCGUGUUCGCGGACACGCCGGAGUCGCCGCCGCCCGCGCCGCGCCCGCUGCCGCCGCCCGAGCCCGUGCACUACCCACAGGAAAUUCCAACAGACGUAGACCACAGAGGGAUAUUGCCUCCUCCUCCACCUCCACCUACGUUACCACUACUUGGCCAGCUAGAAGACGUAGAUCACCGCAUGUUGCCGACUCUGCCGCCGCCGCCCGCGCUCGCGCCGCCGCCCGUCCGCCAUCCCACGGUACAGCAUCAAGAUGUAGACCACAGGAAUUUAAUAUCGUUAACGCACCAACCCGUUCCUAGGCCGAUGAACCCGCCUUUAUCAAUGGAUCAAGCCUCAUCUCACACAGAUAAGGAUUACAGAGUACCGCCGAUGGUGCCACCCUCCGAUAUAGUGGAGAGCGUCGACAUGGACCUGUCUGAGGACGAGGAUCAACAACGCAUGUAUUCGAACCAGCAGAAUCAGCCGGAACGUAGACACAGCUUCAACAACAACAAAGUAUUAGUUGGCGGCGACAACGGGAAGGUUCACAACGAUCAUAAUCACACAAACCUUAUACAGAUCAAAAGCGAUAAGAAAGAGUCGCAUUCAGCCCCAGUCCUACCCCCCAUGGUCAAUCCCUUCGAUGCCAUGCCCCCCUCCCUCAAAAACUUCAACAUGAACUUCCAACAGCCCCCAACUUACCCAAAAACCUUCGACCUCACAGAAGAAAAUUCAAACGACAGCGCUUACGAAGAGGACUUGAGAAACAGAGGUUUAGACAAACCACCUAAUCAGGAAAUCAGAAACCCGUCCCCCCCAUUCGAAGACUUCGCUAACGACGACUGGGUACAACCGCAUCCGAGGUUCAUGAACCCUCGGUUCCCAAGGAAUUGGGGUCCUAGGACUAAUUUCAGGCCACAAGGGUUCUCCCCGCAGCAACCCUGGCCGAGGAAUGGGCCUCGACCCCCCAACCGAUGGAUGGGGCCACCGAGGCAAAGGUUUUGGUGAAGUGAAAGUGUGUGACAGUGUUGUUACUAUAUAAAAGACGAGGUUUAAGGAAGUACCAGUGAGUUUCAUUUUAUAGAAUCACGGAUGAAUGAAUAAAUGGAGGAUUUAUUUGCGUAUUUUUUUCAAACCUUUUUGCAAUAAUUUACUGCAAAACGUAUUUAAAAUACCAUGUUCUCUCAACGUUUAUACAUUGAAGAAAUAUAGUGAUGUCUUAAAUGACAUUUAGCGGUAAAUAUAUUUAGUGGCCUUACAAUCAAGUGUCAUUAGCGCGUUAGAUUCUCCAUUUAUUCAAUACUCCGUGAAACAGACCGCUUCACUCCAUUGUUGAAUACCAUUACUAUAAAUAGUUUUUACCAGGCUAUCAUAGCCAGGACUUAGGUUUCAUAUCAAUAGAUAAGUCGUUUUGAUCCCUUUAUUCCUCUGUACAGUUAAAAAAACACUAGUUUAUUGCAAACAUAGCAAGAAUCGACAAUUUAUUUCCACAAUAGAUUUGCCUUAGGCCACCUUAUUCUCAUAAUAUUAGUACAAUGUAAAGAGAAUCACUUGAUAAGAAAAUUAAGACCCACUGUAGUGUCGACGAGUUUUAAACGUCAUAAUGACUGUGUUCUUAGAUAUAGAAGCUGUACGUUUUUUUCGAAAUAUUCGAAAAUUUUGUAAAUAGGAAUAUCAUAUAAGUACUUCAGUGAUUCUGCGUUUUUCUAUAUGAGCUAAUCAAUGUAUUAAAAAAAAUGAUAGCGACAUAUUUAAUGCAGAAUUGAGAGCGUAGGUAUGGCAGAUAUUUUUUAUUGAAGACAUUUAAGCAGCUAUGUAUGUAAUGUAUGAAAGUGUAUAGUGAGCGAGGGAAGUAACUUAGGAUUCUUGAGGCGACAAAUAUUGGGCAUUAAUUCGAAAAGAUUCAAUUUUAAGCUAUACUUUAUUUGAAUAGGCGCGGAAGUUAGUUAUUUAAUUAGAAAAAAACGGCUUAAAAAAAUAUUUGAUUUGAUUAAUGGUUUUUACAUUGGUUUAUAGCUGCAUUUUAAAAUAAUAUAACUGAGUUUUUAAAAACGGGCACAUGUGAAACUACCUAGGCAGUAUUCAAUCGAACUACAUACUUUCAAUAAUAGUUAUAUAAAGCUGCCUAAAUAGCAUUGAUGGGGCAAGGAAAUCAACAAUAAGCUACACCUAUAACACAUAACAAUAUUUUAUACAUAAAACAUUUGAAUGCCUUUUUGGAUAAAUAGUUUUAAAAAAAUUGAGAUCUGCGUUUGAUUCUAUAAGUAUUUUAUCUCUUUGCCCAACAUUUGUCGCCAACAGAAUUCUAAAAUGAAUGUUAAGGAAAGUUGGUUCAAACAUUUGUACAUUUGUCUUGUAUAAAACGAUGAGAGAAUAGAAUGUUCUAGACUGGUAUAUUUAGCGAACAUUCAUCUGUUGUAAAUGAUUGAGAAAAUGAGUGAAAAAUGUCUGAUAAUGCUGACAAUAACCGGUUAUUUCUAGUAUUGUCCGAAUCUGAUAAAGUGCAAUAUGUAUUCUAAUCACAUUGCCCGGUUAUUGUUGUCAAUAUUAGAUGUUGAAAGAUGUACCAUAUAUGGUACAAAUGAAAUGUUUACAUAAAAAAUACUUCCAAUUUGGAUAGUUUGAAAAUUGAACUGUUAUGUAAUUCAAAUGUUUUAUGACUAAUGAGGCCCAAGUUCACUCUCUUCGCAAUCGUUUGUUUUCUUAAAUCAAGUUUUUACUAUAAAUUUUCAUUUUUAAGGUCAGUUUUAAAAGUUCGUUUCAAUUGUUUUGAGAAAAUUUACGUUUAUCUUGUCGGCGAACUUGGGAUGAUUAAGUAAUAAAACAUUUGUUUUACAAUUAUAUUCAGAGUUGUUAGUAAAAUAGGAGAAUUGAGAUUGAAGACUUGUCACACUAGGAACAUUUUCUUGUUAUUUUUCAAAUUUAAAAUGUUUCUGUGUGUUUCGAGUUGGUGAAUUCUUAAAGAUCCUAUCUUAUUAGCAAGUUUUGUGUGAUAAUAAUAUUUAAUAUGCAUACAGUUAACAUAAAGCUAUUUUACUUUUCAUUAAUUCUGGAAUCAAUUUUUAUCUAAAUGAAAAUUAAAUGGUAUUGUUGACAAAGUUACUGGCUAUUUUUACAUUAAAAGAUUAUGUAAUCAACAUGAAGUAACUCAUAAAUGAAUUAAUCGAGAUUAACUGUAUGCAUAUUAAAUAUAUCUGUACCGCCAAACAAAGUCACUGCGUGCGUCACUCAACCGCCCGCCAGGACUUUGUAUCGGCGGCCAGUCUUGCAAUAAAUUGUUAUAAUGUACAUAUAUAUUUUUUAAAGCAGCGAUGUAUGUAAAAAGGUAUAUGAAGUCACAGUGGUGAUUUUAUUUUGUGUGAUAAAACAUACAAAGAUUCACACUUAUAUAAUCUUUUCCUUCUAGUCUGUAAACAUCCUAUUAUGUGUAGUGAACAACUUGACUGUUUUGCGAUGUCUCGAAUUUAUGAGAACUUUUUGGAUGUGCCAACAGUGUUCAAUAAACGUUAUUUAGUACUUGUGUAAGUUGAAAAGUUAGCGGUCAAAAAUAUCGGCCAUUUUUUUUCUUUGACACUAUAAAUUGUUAGCACAUCUGCCCACAAGAAUGAUUGAAAAGAACUUUUAAAAAAAGAACAGCCAAGUUGUAUUUUAUUAUAAUAACAUUAAAAUAGAAACUCGCUUUUGUCUCGUAAUAAAUAAAAUUAGGUUGACAGUAAUAUAGUUAGAAUUUAAAAAAUAAAUAGCUAUUUUCUUUUUUUGCUUAUUAAUAAAGCUUAACAAUAA